GGGGAAGGGCAGAGCAGGCCACCAUGGCGACACUCCUCUCCCGCCCCCAGCGGCGCCCUCCCCUCUUGCGCCAAGCCAUCAAGAUAAGGCGCCGCAGGGUCAGAGACCCACAGGAUCCUAUACCCCAGAAGGAGAUCGAGCCUCCAUCCCACCAACUCUCCCCGGAGGAGCGGACCCUGCUCUACGAGGAAGCUGUGUACACUGUUCUGCACCGCCUGGGGCAGCCGGAGCCCAACCACGUGAUCGAGGCCUCCGAGCUGCUGCGGUACCUGCAGGAGGCCUUCCACACGGAGCCCGAGGAGCACCAGCGGAUGCUGCAGCGGGUCAGGGAUCUCCAGAAGCCAAUAUUUUGUCUGAAGGCAACGGUGAAACAGGCCAAGGGCAUCCUGGGCAAGGACGUCAGUGGGUUCAGUGACCCCUACUGCCUACUGGGCAUUGAGCAGGGGGUGGGCGUGCCAGGGGACAGCCCCGGGGCCCGGCGUCGGCAGAAGGCUGUGGUGAGGCACACCAUCCCCGAGGAGCAGACCCACCGCACCCAAGUCAUCAGCCAGACACUCAACCCCGUCUGGGAUGAGACCUUUAUCCUGGAGUUUGAGGACAUCACCAAUGCGAGCUUUCAUCUGGACAUGUGGGACCUGGACACGGUGGAGUCUGUCCGACAGAAGCUGGGGGAGCUCACAGAUUUGCACGGGCUUCGCAGGAUCUUUAAGGAGGCCCGGAAGGACAAAGGCCAGGACGACUUUCUGGGGAACGUGGUUCUGAGGCUGCAGGACCUGCGCUGCCGAGAGGACCAGUGGUACCCACUGGAGCCCUGCACCGAGACCUACCCGGACCGUGGCCAGUGCCACCUCCAGUUCCAGCUCAUUCACAAGCGGAGAGCCACAGCGGCCAGCCGCUCCCAGCCCAGCUACACGGUGCACCUCCACCUUCUGCAGCAGCUUGUGUCCCACGAGGUCACGCAGCACCAGGCGGGCAGCACCUCCUGGGAUGGAUCACUGAGUCCCCAGGCUGCCACCAUCCUUUUUCUCCAUGCCACCCAGAAGGACCUGUCCGACUUCCACCAGUCCAUGGCGCAGUGGCUGGCCUACAGCCGCCUCUACCAGAGCCUGGAGUUCCCCAGCGGCUGCCUCCUGCACCCCAUCACCAGCAUCGAGUACCAGUGGAUCCAGGGCCGGCUCAAGGCAGAGCAGCGGGAGGAGCUGGCCGCCUCCUUCAGCUCCCUGCUGGCCUACGGCCUCUCCCUCAUCCGGAGGUUCCGCUCGGUCUUCCCCCUUUCUGUCUCCGACUCCCCGGUCCGGCUGCAGUCUCUCCUCAGGGUCCUGGUACAGAUGUGCAAGAUGAAGGCCUUUGGAGAACUGUGCCCGGACAGUGCCCCACUGUCCCAGCUAGUGACCGAGGCCCUGCGGACUGGCACUGUUGAAUGGUUCCACCUGAAGCAGCAGCACCAUCAGCCCAUGGUGCAGGGCAUGCUGGAGGCGGGCAAGGCCUUGCUGAGCCUAAUACAGGACAUCGUUGGCGACCUGCACCAGUGCAAGCACACAUGGAACAAGAUCUUCCAAAAUGCCCUCAAGAUUGACCUCUUCUCCACGGCUUUCCUGGAGCUGCAGUGGCUGGUGAGUCCCUCCGCCGUCUCCAGGCCAUGCCCUCUGCCGGGCUCCGCGUACCUUGCCCCCCUCGCCUUUCCUUUGCAGGUGGCCAAGCGAGUGAAGGACCACACAGUGGCAGUCGGCAGCCCCGUGUCCCCAGAGGUGGGCGAGAGUCUGUUCCAGCUCUACGUCAGCCUCAAGGAGCUCUGCCAGCUGCACGCGGUGCCCUCGGAGAGGGACGGAGUCCUGGCCCUGGAUGGUUUCCACCGCUGGUUCCAGCCAGCCAUCCCCUCCUGGCUGCAGAAGACGUAUAGCGUGGCCCUGGCACGGGUGCAGCGUGCGGUGCAGAUGGACCAGCUGGUGCCCCUGGGUGAACUGACCAAGCAUAGCACGUCGGCCGUGGAUCUGUCCACCUGCUUUGCCCAGAUCAGCCACACCGCCCGGCAGCUGGACUGGCCAGACCCAGAGGAGGCUUUCAUGAUCACUGUCAAAUUCGUGGAGGACACCUGUCGGCUGGCCCUGGUGUACUGCAGCCUUAUAAAGGCCCGGGCCCGCGAGCUCUCUGCAGGCCAGAAGGACCAGGGCCAGGCAGCCAACAUGCUGUGUGUGGUGGUGAAUGACAUGGAGCAGCUGCGGCUGGUGAUCGGCAAGCUGCCCACCCAGCUGGCGUGGGAGGCCCUGGAGCAGCGUGUAGGGGCCGUGUUGGAGCAGGGGCAGCUGCGAAACACACUGCAUGCCCAGCUGCAGGGCGCGCUGGCCGGGCUGGGCCAUGAGAUCCGCACUGGCGUCCGCACGCUGGCCGAGCAGCUGGAGGUGGGCAUCGCCAAGUACAUCCAGAAACUCGUGGGCGUCAGGGAGUCUGUCUCACCUGAGGACGCCAUUCUGCCCUUGAUGAAGUUUCUGGAAGUGAAGCUCUGCUACAUGAACACCAACUUGGUGCAGGAGAACUUCAGCAGUCUUCUGACCCUGCUCUGGACCCACACUGUCACGGAGCUGGCGGAGGCAGCCGCCUCCCAGCGCAGCUCGCCCCUGGCCUCGAGCAGGCUGAAGAUUGCCUUACAGAACCUGGAGAUUUGCUUCCACGCUGAGGGCUGUGGCCUGCUGCCCGAGGCCCUACACACAGCCACCUUCCAGGCUCUGCAGAGGGACCUGGAGCUGCAGGCAGCCUCCAGCCGGGAGCUCAUCUGCAAGUACUUCUGCAGCCGCAUCCAGCAGCAGGCAGAAACCACCACGGAGGAGCUGGGGGCGGUCACAGUCAAGGCCUCCUACCGCGCCUCCGAGCAGAAGCUGCGCGUGGAGCUGCUCAGCGCCUCCAGCCUGCUGCCCCUGGACUCCAAUGGCUCCAGCGACCCCUUUGUCCAGCUGACCUUGGAGCCCAGGCAUGAGUUCCCUGAGCUGGCCGCCCGGGAGACCCAGAAACACAAGAAGGACCUUCACCCACUGUUUGAUGAGACCUUUGAAUUCCUGGUGUCUGCCGAGCCGUGCCGGAAGGCCGGGGCGUGCCUCUUGCUCACCGUGCUGGACCACGACACGCUGGGAGCGGAUGACCUGGAAGGGGAGGCCUUCCUGCCGCUGUGUGACCUGCCUGGGCUGACCGGCCCCGAGGAGCCCGGCGAAGUGCCGCAGACCCGUCUGCCCCUCACGUACCCUGCACCCAACGGGGAUCCAAUCCUGCAGCUACUGGAGAGUCGCAAGGGUGAUCGUGAGGCCCAAGUCUUUGUGAGGCUGAGGCGCCAGCGAGCCAAGCAGGCCUCCCAGCAUGCCCCGCGGCUGGGGCGGUAGCAGUGCAGGUUGGGGGUGGGGCUGAGUCCCCAGCAGGGACCACUCAGGACUUUGCCACCACAGCACAGCCCUCCAGCCCAGCCUAACCCGUGUUCAUGUCAGUGUUAGUGCAGACCCCUCUGGUCCUCCUGCUAGAGAGUAGGGCCCACGGUGAGGGGCCACAUUAGCGAUGUCUCCACUCCCC